AUGGUGAAGCUACGUUACCAGCUAGCGAAAGGAUCCUCAUGGUCCACACAGAACGAGUACAUCGAGGAGCACAUCAAACGGCAUGGUAGACGGUUCGAUCAUUUCGAGCGAAAGCGUAAGCGUGAGGCCAGAGCUGCCCACAAAUCAUCCUCGUUCGCCCAAAAGGCAUUUGGUAUCAAGGCCAAGCUCCUACACGCCAAACGACAUGCCGAGAAAGUACAGCUAAAAAAGACACUCAAAGCGCACGACGAGCGCAACGUCAAACAGGCCGAUUCUUCUACCGUCCCCGAUGGCGCACUCCCCACCUAUCUCCUCGAUCGCGAAGGCCAAAAAGACGCAAAGGCCCUAUCAUCCGCAAUAAAACAGAAGCGGAAAGACAAGGCUGCGAAGUACGCUGUACCCCUGCCGCAAGUGCGGGGUAUUGCGGAGGAUGAGAUGUUCAAGGUGUUGAAGACGGGGAAGAGCAAGAGCAAGUCGUGGAAGCGGAUGGUGACGAAGGCGACGUUUGUUGGUGAAGGCUUUACGCGCAAACCUGUGAAGAUGGAGAGAUUCGUACGGCCCAUGGCUCUGCGGUAUAAGAAAGCGAACGUUACACAUCCCGACCUCAAAGCUACCUUCCAACUCCAGAUACUGGGUGUUAAGAAGAACCCCCAGUCACCGAUGUAUACGCAACUCGGAGUCAUGACAAAGGGUACAGUCAUCGAAGUGAAUGUCUCCGAGCUCGGCAUGGUCACGACAGGAGGCAAGGUCGUGUUCGGAAAAUACGCCCAAGUCACCAACAACCCAGAAAACGACGGAUGCAUAAAUGCAGUACUACGAUUGCAGUUGUAUGAAUAUUAUGAGACAUGA